AUGAGGGACAAAGGUCGUCAGGUAGUGACGCCUUUUGGUUGUAGCCAACUAUUGGCGUUCCUCGAUUUUGUGCUGUGGCUCUGCGGCAUCGCAGCCACCCUCAUGGCCGCUGUCACCAUGGGCACCACCAACGAGACGUUGCCUUUCUUCACCCAGUUGUUCCAGUUCCGCGCCAACUUUACCGACCUUCCCGCUCUAUUGUUCUUUGUGAUAGCGAAUGGAAUCGCCGCAGGCUACCUCGUGCUCUCCAUUCCCUUCUCGAUCGUCGGCAUCGUUCGCCCACAGGCCACUUGCCCAAGGCUUCUCCUCUUUAUCUUCGAUUUAGUAGGCCUCGAACACUCAUUUUUCAUCUUUAAAAGAAAUAUAUAA